ACCUCAGGAGUAAAUGUCAGUUGGCUUUUCAUAGCCGAUCAUUAAGAGUAUCUCUACCGCUCCUGCUGUCUCUAGAGACAUGAAAACAGCAGGUCUGGGACAGGUAGCACAUCCGGUGAACAAUGAUCAUGUUGUUUAAUCACCUUCUUGAUAUGCCACUGUAACAGUUUAACUUUACGUCGUCCCCUCGCCCCGACCCGGGCGCGAACCAGGGACCUUCUGCACACAUCAGCAACUGACACCCACGAAGCGUCGUUACCCAUCGCUCCACAAAAGCCGCGGCCCUUGCAGAGCAAGGGGCAACACUACUUAAGUCUCAGAGCAAGUGACGUAACUGAUUGAAAUGCUACUAGCGCGCACCCGCUAACUAGCUAGCCAUUUCACAUCCGUUACACUCACCCCCCUUUCAACCUCCUCCCUUUUCCGCAGCAACCAGUGAUCCGGGUCAACAGCAUCAAUGUAACAGUAUAACUUUAAACCGUCCCCUCGCCCCGACACGGGCGCGAACCAGGGACCCUCUGCACACAUCAACAACGGUCGCCCACGAAGCACAGUCGUUACCCAUCGCUCCACAAAAGCCGCGGCCCUUGCAGAGCAAGGGGCAACACUACUUCAGUCUCAGAGCAAGUGACGUAACUGAUUGAAAUGCUACUAGCGCGCACCCGCUAACUAGCUAGCCAUUUCACAUCCGUUACACUCACCCCCCUUUCAACCUCCUCCUUUUUCCGCAGCAACCAGUGAUCCGGGUCAACAGCAUCAAUGUAACAGUAUAACUUUAAACCGUCCCCUCGCCCCGACACAGGCGCGAACCAGGGACCCUCUGCACACAUCAACAACGGUCGUCCACGAAGCACAGUCGUUACCCAUCGCUCCACAAAAGCCGCGGCCCUUGCAGAGCAAGGGGCAACACUACUUAAGUCUCAGAGCAAGUGACGUAACUGAUUGAAAUGCUACUAGCGCGCACCCGCUAACUAGCUAGCCAUUUCACAUCCGUUACACCACACCUGUCAGGUGGCUGGGUUACCUUGGCGGCAGGUAGCCUAGUGGUUAGAGCGUUGGUCUAGUAACCGAAAGGUUGCAAGAUUGAAUCCCUGAGCUAACAAGGUUAAACAUCUGUCGUUCUGCCCCUGAACAAGGCCCACUGUUCCUAGGCCAUCAUUGAAAACAAGAAUUUGUUCUUAACUGACUUGCCUAGUUGAAUAGUUGAAAGUAAAAACAACUUUAAAUGCUCACUAACAGGGAUGAGCAAUACAUUUGAGAGAAAUAAGCCUUUUGUAUGGAUCAACAUUUCUGGGAUAUUUUGUUUCAGCUCAUCAAACAUGAACAUGUUGCGUUUAUAUUAUUGUUCAGAAUGGAUAGGCGUAAUCCUGGGAAAAUAUUGCCCCCUAGCCCUGGCUAGAUAGAAAUUGCAGUGGUGGACACAUUAAAUAUAUAUUUUUUUAUAUAGCAUGUGAUUGUUUGGCAAUACAAGCACUGGUUUGUGCCACUGACCUAUACGUGCUAAUAUAUAUAGGGCUACCUACAUGUACAGUUUUCUGACAAAUACUUUUAUAUGACAAUAGCCCUUCUAAACACUGUAAAAUAAUAAUAGCUUGCUAAAAUUGACAAAAUUGUGCUGCAACGUAUUAUUGUUUUUGCUUAUAUAGUGUGCACUGUGCAUGAAAAUUAUUAACAUUGAACCAAUCAAGAAAUGUAUUUAUUAUUUUACACCGACACGCACAUCGCGCAAAUCACUUUGGAGAGGGCGUAGCCACAUGUUACCAUGUGACCCAACACGGAAGACCACUCUGCAACUGUACGAAGUAAAGGAUAUUGAAGGUCUCGACAAACAACUUUAUUAAUUCGUUUGACUCAAAUAAUACACUUAUCAUCUGCAACAUUAGCUUUGCAUAUCUGUAAUUUGGGCGUUUUAAAUGUUCUUGAAAACCUGCCAUCUCAUAUCUGUCAACAACGUUUUUACAAGCGUGUUCGGUGCUGCUGUCAUGAUAAAAAGACGGGGCGACUACAAGUGAUUUGAGCAGAGAUUCGGAGGCACCAACUAGAAAAGGCAAGUGAACUAACCGGUUGGUCCUCAAUCUGCUCGUUUCAGUCCUAUUGAUUCGUCGUUGGUCUGAGUUGGCGAAGGACAUCGUAGCAGUCCCUUGUCGCUUCCCCGGUUGAAUGCCACAGGGCUGUGCCUUCAUAGAGAGACGGCAGUUUGCAAUGCCAGUUCCAGUUAUGGCAGAGUCGGUGGACCACCAGAAACGCUUCCAGGCCGCUGUCGACGUCAUUCAAAACCUUCCCAAAAGUGGUGCCUACCGGCCCCCCUAUGAAGUGAUGCUGCGGUUCUACUGCCUGUACAAGCAGGCGGUGUGUGGACCCUGCACAGUGUCUCGACCAGGCUUCUGGGACCCAGUAGGUCGCUAUAAAUGGGAUGCCUGGAGCCGAUUAGGGGCGAUGAGCAGUGAGAGUGCCAUGGCGGCGUACGUGGAUGAGAUGAAGAAAGUAGCACAAGAGGUUAUUGACACAAUGCCCAUCAAUGAGAAGACUGCAUCACUGUUCCACCACUUUGAGCCCCUUUACGUGGUCAUCCACGACAUGCCCCGGCCACCAGACACCUUGCUGGACCUAAGAGAAGACAUUAAAGGCUUUGACAAGGCAGCCAGUCCAGUGAAGGUUGAACAAGAGAGGGAGACCCAAGAAGAACCUGUCCCAGAUAAGGACCCUGCACUAGAUGAAGAGCCUGCCCUGGAGCAGGUGCCUGUCCCAGGAGAAGAACCCGUCACAGAGGAGGUACCUACCCUGGAAGAGGUGGCCCUCGCAGAGAAGGUGCCUGUCCCAGGAGAGGUGCCCAGUCAGACACAACAACAACCAGUCACCUUCAACGGUGAACCCCAGGGGCCAAAUGUACAAGGCUUCCUCUUUCCAGAGCCUGUUCCUGAGCUUGUUCCGUCUGAGGCCAUGGGGUCGCCUGAGGUGUUGUUGUUAACCAGUGACUCAGAGAGUGAGAUCUUCGUUGACUCUGUGGAUUCUGUGGAAAAGCUGGACAAUAUCAAGGUUGUCCCCAAGUCAAAGUCAAACGGCCUCCAUAACGGCCAUGCUUACUCGGAGCCCUCCUCAGUCCAAGCCAAUCACACAGAGACGGUCUGCCAGGCAACGCAGGUGGGGGCAGGGCAAGGUGGAGAGGGGGCAGGGGAUGGAGGGGGACCGCCCAUGAGGAGGAGUCGGGAUGCAGGAAGAGACGGGAUGAGGGACCACGGAUGGAGAGAACGUGGUGUUCCCCAAGGCAGCCACAGGCGGGCGGGGAGAGAGGCACUGGGGGCAGGGGGAGGGGCUGGCCGAGGGGGGGGAGACGGCUCAGAGGGAGGGGCUGAGAGGCUGCAGGACAUCCAGGUGCAGCAGCAGAUCCUGCUGGCCCUACGGAGGCUCAGAGAGGACAUGCGGAGCGUCAUGGAGAGACUGGAGGCAGUGGAGAGACUAGCUGCAGCACAGGCCCAGAAUUCAGACUGGAGACCAUGUCUUCAGUGUGCUGCCUCAGCCGCCCAAUCAGAGGAGGAGAGUUGGUGGCCGUUCCCUGAAGUAUCAGGACGGACGAUGCUGCUUCUGCUGCUGUGGCCCCUGGUGGCUCAGGGCAUAGUCUUUCUACUGCGGAAGGGCCAAAAGAAGGCCCGUAUCUCUACUUGAAGCCAACGGACCACAAAGUAGUCCCAUAUCCCCCCCUUAGGAAUCCAUUGGAGGAAGAAGUAUUUCUUUUUUAUUUCAAUAGGACUCUAUGGGACAAUGGAGGUCGUUAGCAGAUCUGUUUUUGGUGUCUUGCAAACUCCUAUGGUCAUUGGUGUGACAAUGAUCAUAGGAGACAUCACAAACAUAUAUGGGACAAUGGAGGUUGUGUAUUUCCACAUGAAUCCACUGGAAGAAGUUGUUGGCAGUCCUAUAGGACGUUAUUGGAGGAGAAAGUCUCUCACUCUCUUCAGUACUGUUAUGUACAUUGCUCAAGUAUUGGGAGAAACCUGAACAUGUUUAAAUGACAAAUGUGUCACAUGCUGGGCUGUUCUUUUAACCUUCAGGUUGAAGGAUCUGGUCCCGUAUUCACAAAGAGUACUGACAUAAGAUCAGAUUGCCUUUUAGAUCAUAGUGGAAAGAGAUCAUCAUAAUGAUUCGAGAUCAGACGCUGCUGUUCUUGAGACGCUUUUUGAAUACGGGACCCUGAUCCACUUUGGUGUUCCUUGUCCCCUCACUAACACUAAUAAAUCAUGAUUUAAUUUAUAGCUAUUUAAUCUUAAAUCACAGAAUUGUUUUCAAAUAAAUAAUUGGGAUGAAUAAGCACUUUUCUCAGAUCAUAUUUGAUCCAAUGAUUUCAGUGGGGCACAGAAUUGGAUAUGAGUGCACUGGCAAUUGCUCCAGAAUGCACACGAGAUAAACAAUGUUCAGUUAAUAUGUAAGGAGAAAUUAUUCUACUUAGUCACCAAUGGUUGAAAGAUAAUAAUUUUUCAAGCUAUUGUUAUAUGAACAGCCUUGGUGUAGUGAAUGAUUUCAAAUAAAUAUGGUCUGAAAAAUG